GCCUGCGGGGAGAAAGGCAAGCCUGCACUUGAAGUGAGCAAGCGUCUCCUGCUGCGUCAGGUGCUUGCUGUUCUCCGGCUCCUGAGCAGCUAAAGUCCAGCGUCUCGUUUUGCAUCCGCCCUUUCCGCGCUUGUGAUCUGCCUGCUCGCCUCGCUUGCUCGGUCUCCUUGCGCUGCGUUCAGUUUCAGCCUCGCCUUCCUGCCUUUCCGGAGCAGCCCCAGAAAUGCUCGCUUUGGCGCUCUCGCUGGCGCUGUGCGCCCUGCAGAUGUGGCCAGCUGUGGUCGGCGGCCCUCCCCAACAGCGGUUCGCCGUGCUGGACAAACACUGGCCCCUGAGGCUCACCAAGAUCGAAAACUUCGCAUGGCAGAACUGUGGCCCCCCAUCUGACCCUGCUGUGAUCAGGAGUUUGUCCAUACAUCCAGACCCAAUUUCGAUCCCGGGAGAUGUGACAGUCAGCGUAGCCGCUGCUACCACUGUGGCCCUCACUUCACCUCUGAAGGGAGAUGUUGUUCUGGAGAAGAAGAUCGGCGAUAUGUGGAUAAAGGUCCCCUGCGUGCAAGAGCUUGGCAGCUGCACCUAUGAUGAUCUUUGUGCCAUACUGGAUCGGGCUAUUCCUCCCGGCCAGCCAUGUCCGGAACCAAUGCACACUUACGGCAUUCCUUGCCAUUGUCCCUUCAGAGCGGGUUCUUACAACUUGCCUUCCUCCACCUUCUAUAUCCCCACCUUGGAUUUGCCUCCCAUGCUCACCAACGGGGACUACAAGUUCCAGGUUGUGCUGAGCAAUGGUGACCAACAGCUGGGCUGUCUCAGGUUGUCGCUUUCCCUGCACUCUGAGAGCCGGUGGUUUUGGUGACUGCAACGCGGGCAUCUAUGGGCUUGAGUGCCACAUUCCUUACUCCCCACCCCACCUCCUAUCGAAUUGC